AUGAAAAUUCUGAUUCAGAUAUCUAUGAUAUUUGUGCUGCUUCCACUGAUAAAUGGGUCGAAAAAUGUUUCUUGUCCAAUGAUAUCGAGGACCCUACAAAAAGAAAACCGCAUCUUCCAUUACGACAAAUGCAAUUCCACAUUCAAUUCAUGUUUUCAACAAAUCGGGCUCACUGAAAUCUAUAGAAAUGAGCAAUUUUCGUUUCUUUUCUCAUCUGGAUGUGCUUCUCCGUCAGCUUUGCUUCCAUUCAAUUUGACUGAAACUGGAUUCAAGGAACUAUGCCAGAAAUCAGGAGUCCAUAAAUGUGCCCACCGAUACAAUGAAGGAGUCUACUAUGGUACCCUUUGUUGUGAGAACGAUUCAGAUGAAAUGUUCCGUUCGUGGUUGUGGAACAUCUUCUUUGGAGAAAAUGAGGAAAUGGAUGAAUUAUUGAAGAAUACUGCAAGUUUUGUGCAAAGGAGUAGAGAAAGAAUGCAUUUCGGUCAUGGAAAUGUCGAGAUUGCUCACAUUGUUGGACCAUUUAUUGUAACUCUUCUUUUCACAGCUUUGUCUCUUUUACAGAACUAUCAUAUCAAUGACGGAAUGUUUACUUGA